AUGCGGUUAGAAAAAUGUUAUUUUUGUUCGUCGACGAUAUAUCCAGGACACGGUACAAUGUUUGUGCGGAACGAUAGUAAGGUUUUUCGUUUCUGCAGAAGUAAAUGUAAUGCGGCAUUUAAGCAUAAACGCAACCCUCGUAAAGUAAGGUGGACUAAAGCUUUUAGGAAGGCUGCAGGGAAGGAGAUGACUAUAGAUAGCACAUUCGAAUUUGAAAAACGUCGUAAUGUACCUGUACGCUAUGAUCGUGAACUAGUGACGACCACAGUGAAGGCAUUGAAACGGGUCACAGAGAUUCGAGCAAAGAGAGAACGAGUAUUCUAUAAGAAUAGGAUGGCUGGUAAUAAGGAACGUGAAAAGGCCGAAUUCAUAUCCGAAGUGCAACGCAAUAUUGAACUUGUGCAGGCUCCGAGUACGAAAAUCAAAACACAAGUGUCCAAAAUACUGGAAAAAAAGACGCAGAAGCAGCUGCAGGAGCAAGAUAUGGAGGUUGACGGUUGA